AUGGACCGGAGGAAUGAUAUCAGUAAGGGUGUGCAACCAGACUGGGUCAACCCGGUUCCCGGUUCGGCCCACCUGGAAAACAGGGUCAGGAACCGGUUCCAGUUGAAAUCGGUCCGGGAACUGUCUUCACUCUCACGCCGCUCGUCGCUCUCAGCCUCUCACCUCCGCCGAUCCAUCGAGCGCCGCAUUGCCGACGCUGCCUCCACUCGCCCACCUGGUCCCGGCCAUCCUCGCCACCCUGGCGCCAUCGGCCUCGGACACAAACGUGACGGCGCUCCUCGUCUCAAGUGGCGUCAUCAAAACGCACUAGUUGGUGUUGGACAAGGGCUUGACAGUGUUCGCGCCCAACGUGAGCUCAUGUCGCUCCUGUUGUACCACGCGGUGGUGGACUACACCCUGAUCGGGUCCCUGAAGACGAGCAACGCCCCGAUCAGCACUCUCACCACAAACAGCGCCGGGAAGUACGAUUUCACCGUGAAGACCACUAGCGACUCCAUCGCGCUCGAUACUGGGGUCGACUCCUCACUGGAUGAGAUGUUAAGACAGAGAUUCAUGGUUUAUUAGCAAGAUGUGAAAUGUGCACGUUCAGAAAAAUUUUGCAAAACAGGUUCCAAUAUAAACAGGGUUAACCCUGUUCUUGUUCUUGCUGCUGUUUCUGUUGCUGUUGACAUCAAGUCAAGGAGGGCAAGUGGGCUGGGGUUGGCUUUGUCAGCCUGAUCUAUCGUUAAUUGUUUUGCUGAAAUUGAGGUUAUCAGAAGAGAAAUCAAUGUUUUGUUGCCAAACAUUGGUGUUUUAUAUCCUAGAAAAUUUGACUUCAAAGAUUGUUCUUUGUUUGGAUACUUCAUUUUAUUCGCAUAUCGGAGUGUUCAUUGUCCUUUGGAUUGGAGUUGUUCUAAGCAUCUGAUUCAAUCUU